AUGCUCCCGGCCCGCCCCGCGCUCGCAUCCUCCCUCCGCAGCAUCGCUCGCCCAAUCGUCCUGCCAAUACUACCAUCAAGACCAUCGACACCAUCGACACCAUCCGCAUCGACAACGCCUCGCCGCACCGUCUCACGGCCCUUCAUCGUCUCUGCCGCACCCUUCGCCACCUCGUGCUGCGGCUCGACCCCCCCGCCCAACGUCUUGGCCGUCAAAAACCCCUCGUCGUCAUCGUCGUCGGCAUCGUCGUCAUACUUCUCGCCGUGCUUGUCGUCGUACUUUUCGUCGUCCACCUCUGCCUUUAACCCCCCGGCCUAUCGCUCCUUCAACACCCUCCAAAUGUCGGCCGAAGACGUCUCCAAAUACCUCCGCCAGUCCCACGACCGGCUCUUCGACAACAACCGCGCCUGGGCCGCCGAAAAGGCCGAAAAGGACCCCGGCUACUUCGCCAAGCUCGCCGAGGGCCAGUCCCCCGAAUACCUCUGGAUCGGGUGCAGCGACUCUCGUAUCCCCGCCGAGCAAAUCACCGGCCUCGAGCCCGGCGAGGCCUUUAUCCACCGCAACAUCGCCAACCUCGUCUGCAACACCGACCUCAACGUUAUGAGCGUCAUCAACUACGCCGUGCGCCACCUCGGCGUCAAGCACAUCAUUGUCUGCGGCCACUACGGCUGCGGCGGCGUCAAGGCCGCCAUGACCCCCAAGGACCUGGGCCUGCUGAACCCCUGGCUGCGCAACAUCCGCGAUGUCUACAGGCUGCACGAGAAGGAGCUCGACGCCAUCCCCGACCAGGACCGGCGCUACGACCGCCUCGUCGAGCUGAACGUCGAGGAGCAGUGCCGCAACAUCAUCAAGACGGCCGCCGUCCAGCAGAGCUACGCCAAGAACCAGUUCCCCAUUGUCCACGGCUGGGUCUUUGGUUUCCACGACGGCCUGCUCAAGGACCUCAAGAUUGACUUCCAGGCCGUCCUCAAAGACGUCCAGAAGAUUUACAACCUUGCUGAUGCCUAG